GGCAGAGCAGCGGCGUCGUCCAAUGGGAGCGCGAAGCUCGUUUAAAUGGUUUAAAGAGCGGCCGUUUUGAAUUUCAACCGUAGCGGGCGGCUGGUCGGUCGCUGAAGGUUAGGGCCGCCGGUUGUGGACCGAAGCGAGAUUGGACUGACUUCAGGUGACUUGUGUUGAGGAAGAGUUGCGCCAAUACAAUACAUCUAAUUGAUUACAAAUGGAGAAGAAGCUAGCCCCACAGGGAGAACGUGCUGGAGUAGGAAAGAUGGCAGCCUUCGAUAGUGUGAAGCGUGUCGUGGAAUCUCAACGAAAUUUACAGAAUUGUCCACCUUCAAGGAGUUUGCCAACUCAGCGGAUGACACCUGCUUGUAAUGUGGGCCAGCAACGUGCACCUCUUCAAGCACGGGUUUUGUCUUCUAAUUCUCUUCCAAGCAAGAGCCAAGUGCCAGCUGAUCAAAUAAAGCAGAAAAUGCAAGUCCCUCCACAUUUGAAGCAAGCUGGUCAAACUGAAGUUAAGCAAAUUAGUCCAGCUAUGACAAACCCAACCACCACGCAGCCAGUUGAGAAACCAAAUGAAGCAAAAACAGCAGAGAAUACAUCCGUGGAAUGCCAAAGUUCGAGUGAAAAGAAAAAAAAACAGUGGUGCUUGGACGACUUUGAAAUUGGGCGUCCACUUGGAAAAGGUAAAUUUGGAAAUGUGUACUUGGCCCGCGAACGACAGUCCAGAUUUAUCUUGGCAUUAAAAGUGCUUUUCAAAUCUCAACUUGAGAAAGCUGCUGUGGAACACCAACUCAGAAGAGAAGUUGAAAUUCAAUCACAUCUCAGGCAUCCUAAUAUUUUAAGAUUAUUUGGCUACUUCCAUGAUGCUUCAAGAGUGUAUUUGAUCUUGGAAUAUGCUCCACGUGGUGAACUUUACAAAGAGCUGCAGAAAUGUGGAAAAUUUGAUGACAAACGAAGUGCUACGUACAUGUCUGAGCUGGCUGAUGCACUCGUAUAUUGCCAUUCAAAGAAGGUGAUUCAUAGGGACAUUAAGCCAGAAAAUUUGCUGCUUGGAGCAAAUGGAGAACUGAAGAUUGCUGAUUUUGGAUGGUCUGUGCAUGCUCCGGCAUCCAGGAGAUCAACAUUGUGUGGUACUUUGGACUAUCUGCCACCAGAGAUGAUUGAAGGAAAAAUGCACGAUGAGAAUGUUGACCUCUGGAGCCUUGGUGUUUUGUGCUAUGAAUUUUUAGUAGGUCAUCCUCCAUUUGAAGCAGCUGAUCGCCAAGAAACCUUUCGGAGAAUUUCUAAAGUUGAUCUUAGAUUUCCAGCCUUUGUAACAGAGGGGGCAAAGGAUCUAAUCAGUCGGUUGCUUAAGCACAACCCCAACCAACGGCUAGCAUUGAAAGAAGUACUUGAACAUUCAUGGGUGGUUAAAAAUUCCACUAAGCCAACCACUCAAAAAAAGGAACCUUUGCCAUCAUCAAAUCCCAGUUCUUAAAGCACAAAGACAACAAGCAUGCUGGUUUUGAGACAUAGUAGUGCAAUAACUUUUUUUGAUUGCCUGCAUGCACUAUUGUCUAGUCUGAAAUGCUGGGAUCUAGCCAUUAUUGUUUCAACAGAUCACUUAAAAUCUGGCAUGAUGUAGAAUACUCCUCAACACCACUAAUGUUAAUCUUUAUUAAAUGUCUUGGAAAAUUUGUAUGGCGUUCAUUCAGUUUACUGAAAAUAUUUCUACAAGUGAAUGAAAUUAACUCCGAAUUGUGAGUGUACCUCAGAUGUGAAUGCUGUUCAAAAGGGGUGAGAUUGCUUCAAUUCUGGUUUGUGAAGCCUGUUGACUUUAAAUUAGAAUUCAACUCCUUUGACUGACUUGGACUGGUUAAAUGAGAAAAUCUGUGUUGCUGAUGUAUGGUGAACUGGGAUGUUUCAUUAAUUUUGCCUAUAGCCAGCUCUUUGAAUUGUUGGCUUAAGUUGCUCACAGGUUGUAUAUGUUAAAUAAUGACCAUCUUGUGCUGUUAAACUUCUAAAGUUUGACAUUUAAAAUUUGAAUUGCAGUAACACCCUUUGUGUAAAAUAAAACAAAUUACCGCAACCAUUAAUGACAAGAUUUGAUGUAUUGAAAGGUUGAAUUUAAUUUUGUUAAUUCGAUCUGUGAAGCCUUUUAGUAUUGUAUACAAUGAACCUCCAUGGAUAUUUUAAUCAUAGCUGUAAAAUAAAGACUUCUUCUUUCAGUGCC